UUUUACUUUUUAAGUAUGCAGGGUUGGAUAUUGACAAUCUUCAAAACUUGGAGUGCUGUCUGUUUGUCCUCUUUCCAUAUUUCUCAAGGUCUUGGUCUGUCUGGUAUUGUGUCAAUAUUGUUCACAGGAAUGGUCAUGAAGCAUUAUACGUAUUCAAAUUUAUCAGAAAACUCUCAAAGAUUUGUUUCUUCCUUUUUCCAUUUGAUAUCAUCACUAGCGGAGACGUUUGUGUUUAUAUACAUGGGCUUUGAUAUUGCCAUGGAACAACAUAGCUGGUCACAUGUAGGGUUCAUUUUUUUCUCAAUUAUAUUUAUUGUAGUUGCAAGGGCAGCUAAUGUUUUUUCUUGUGCAUAUUUGGUCAAUUUGGUUCGAUCUGCACACAGACAGAUACAUUUAAAACACCAGAAAGCACUUUGGUAUAGAGAGGAGAUGAAAAGAAACCGAUGCUGCAGAGGAUCUAUGGCACUACAUGGGAGAGUGAAGAUCAAUUGAAGGCAUUUAUCCAUUUCAAAUAGGAAGCUAAACGUCAAGAUUACAGGAGCCUUGGUCAAGUUCUUGACCUGUUUUCAUAUCUUGGUUUACAAAAGGAAGCCUCACUCAUAUCAUGAAUUUCCUAUUCGAGUUGCUGAGUUGAUGAGCAGCAACCAACAAGUAGAGUAUGAAAAGGAAGUUGCAAAACUCAAGCUUUAGCAAAUUAGCAGCAUGCAGGAAUA